GUCGCUACAUAUCACGCCCGGCAUCCUCAGUCAUGCACAUUGAAACACUACACUCGCACACGCCUUCACUCAACACCACCACCACCACCAGAACCACCACUGCUACUACUCCCACCAUGACCACUCCCACCACCACUAACCCUCACACGUCAUGCUGCUGCCACCGCCAGUGAAGCUGCUGGGCCCGCUGCAACGGCCAACAGCUCCCUUUCUGCCAUAUGCCGGUCCCGUUCCAGACCUCGAUUCACCCAUGUUUCGUCGAUCCACGCUUCCCUCUCCUUUGUAUCGGCUCCAGGCAUGCCAAAGCAUCCUCUCCGCGGGCCUUGCUGCUGCCCUGCCAAUCACCUGCCCCCGUCGACCGGAUGGCCUUGUUUUUUUCCAUGUCCAUCGCGAUCCGAACCAUCGCCAAGUCACUGCCCUCUCCCCUUCAGCGACACGGCCAGAUGCUCCAUCUGCUACCAUGGCCUGCCCCCUUCUGCUCAGGGGGCUUGCCUUUGAUGCGCGCACGCGAGCUAACCAUCGCGUCCCUGCUAGUUCACUAACCAGUGCAUAUCAAAGCAAUAGGUGA